AACAUAGUAUAAAUUAUGGUUGAUCAAGCUGAAAAUUUAAUACAGUUUACAUAUUUAAAUAUUCAAAUACCUACUGGGCUACGCACAAUCAUUUUUUUUAACGAAGUAAAUUACAAAUAUAUGCUUGUUUUUUACAAUACGCAAUUAUUUAAAAGCAACAAGUUAUAUACAUGUGCCGAGCGAAGCAGAUCGAUUCCUCUCGUUUUCCUAUUAUUGUUUAUUGGAAAGGCUCUUCUAAAAGAGUUUGAAGCUGAUAUUAUAUUUGGGGGAGAUAUUAGUUUUGAUUCCCCAAUUCGUGUGGCUUCUGGAUCAUCUUGUCCUUAUCCUGAGAUUCUGAAGUAUGUUGCAAAAUAUUUUAAAAAUGCUGACUUUAACAUGAUAAACUUGGAAGCCCCAUUUGUGUUGAAACAAAAUGAAAACCUUACAUUUUUUCCUAACAAAGGAAUUCACAACAAAGCUUGGCCCGAAAGUGUUGAGGCAUUAACAUCUGCUGGUAUAAAAUCAGUUACAUUAGCUAAUAAUCAUAUUAGUGACUAUGGUGGUGACUCUGUUGACCUGACAACAAAAAUUCUUUUUUAUAACAAGAUUGAUUAUGUUGGAAUAACUUAUGGUGAAAGCCCACCUUACUCUCCUCAGAAACCACUGAUAAAAGAAAUAAAUGGAAUAAAAGUUGGUUUUCUAGGAUAUUGUGGCGAUGAAACAGGUGAAUGUGAAAUGUUUCGUGCUGGUGUUAAAACAAGCACAGCACUACUUCGGAAGCAAACAGUUGAAUAUGAUUUACAACAGCUAAAAAGUAAAGUGGAUAUUAUUGUAACAUUUUUACACUGGGGAACAGAAUACUUUGCUAUUCCAAAAGAAACACAAAGAAAUUUGGCAAUUUAUCUUAGUCAAUUGGGUGUAAAUUUAAUCAUUGGUAGCCACCCACAUGUAAUGCAAGGACAUGAGUGGCUGAACAAUACGCUUGUUCAUUAUAGUUUGGGAAAUCUUGUUUUUCAUCCACAUUUCACGUUUAUGGGUACACUUGCUGGUCAAAAUAAUAGUAAAGAAAUUCAUGCCAAAGCAACAGAAUUAUCAAGACAGUCUAGAGGUCCGGCUAGCUACACAGAGCUCUUUAAAGUGCAACUUACUAAGACUGGAAUAAAGUCAGCAUAUUUCUUGCCAGUUAGAAUAUUUGGAGACAAAAAUGGUUGCAUUCAGCCAAAACCUAAAGUUGAGGAUAACUGGAUUGAAGUAUGCGGACCUCAAGAUGAUAACUGCUAUGUACCUAGACCGGGUAGUCCACAAUAUUAAUCAUUUUUGUUAAACAUUGUAUUUAAUAAACUUUAAAUACAAAGUAAUAUUU